AUGAAUGAUUACUUGAUACAAAAUCCUGAAAAUUAUCACCAGGAUCCACGAUACUUUAAAAUUAUUGACGCCUUCAUUGAAUUUAAAGAGAUAUCUCAAUGUGUUGCUGAAGGUUUAAGUCAAAUGAUAAAAAAAGAUUACAUUUGUGCAAUUGGCCAUCUUUAUAAAGCUUUAGAACUUGAAGAAUCGUGA